AUGGCGAUGCAACAGGGCGUGACGCAUUGGACGUCCGCAUUAUCAGGCACCGAGCACGCAACUACCAAACUAGGAGCGCGUUUCCACUUUCGAGGUCUCUUCCUUCGCCAAAUCGACUUUUCUUUCGACGAACUGAGCUUCAUCGUCACCUAUUUGGCGAAUGAAACAACGAUCUGCGAGCAACCAUGGUGGCGGGGACUUUCACAUGCCGAACGACUCGAAGCUGCCAGUCGAAUGAAAAUGCAGCACCUCCAUCGUGGAGAAGAACAUGUGAUAUGGUUGACCUCAAUGGAAACCCCUCGAUCGUGUAUCCUCCUGUAUGGCAACGCUGAAGCCAGACCACUUAACAUCGCUACGACUCCCGUACUGAAUUUCACAGAAGGCUCUGUUGUUGGUAAUCUCGGGGCUCCACAAAACAAGCAAUCCAUUUCCUCCGAAACUAGUCACGCUUCAUGUUCAGCAAGCACAGCCCCGUCAACAAGUGGAGCAUCCGACAACAAAUGGAGACGCAUCAAGCGCGAGAACUCGCUGCGGAAGGGUAUCCACUUGUACAACAAGAUCAUCAUCUCAGGACCGGCAGACUACAUCGUGCUGACGGCAAGUGAUAUCAGAGAGAGUGGGUCGGGUGCAGCGGACCGUCUUCAGUGGGCCAAGCAAUUCGGACUGGAGAGGUUUGUCGGGUAUCUCCGUCCGACUGUCUUUGAGCCUGGUGCCAUUGUUAUUCAAGAAGGCCAUCUACUCACUUCCUUGUAUCUCCUCCUUGAAGGUGAGUGUCGAGCGUCAGUUGAACGAGACGACACUCAAAGUUCCAGUAUUACUCAGUCCAACGAAGUCAACUCCAGCAGCUCUAAGCCACCGCUUACCAGUGCUGAGGCCCAGUUAAGACACACACGCAAAUUUCGCUGGAGUGACGAGUCUCAACUUCCUGUAGCCUCGCUUGGUCCCAAAUCAACGGUGGGCGACAUCUCACUGAUGCUGGGAAUCCCUGAACCGGUCACCGUGAGAGCUGUCACGACUGUAAAUGCCCUAACACUCUCCCAAGAAGACUUUGAUCGAGAAACUAGCGAUCGGCAUGACCCGGAGGUGGUCGCUUGUAUCGAGAGAUUGCAGAGUACGGCGUAUGACACGCUGCGCUUCGUGCUUGAACGGGUCGAAACUGAAUCCAAGAAUGAACACUGCGAUCAGCGUCUCAAGAUUGAUUCACUGCGCGAAACUUUGCGCCAAAAGCAGCCAGGUCGUGCUGGAGCACAAUUGUCCAAAGCCGUAUCGCUUCCGUCGGUAGUGUUGAAGCACGCAAUAUCCAAUGUCGACGAUACCAGACGACAAUACCUUCGCAACCAGUUUGAGACUUCGGUCGCCGCUGUCUCGGGCGAAGACGUCGCUCCUGUCGAGGGUCCGAUUCGAAUGACUCGACAGCAACGCAAGGCAGCGAGGGCCUUUGCCAACUUACAACACCCGGUUGCAGCCAAAAGUCUCGGAGGCUACGUACAGAUGUCGAACAAAGCAAAAGAUGACGAGUCUCCAGUCGCCGAUAUAUCCUCACCCAUGACAACACAAUGUGAUGACCUGCUCUUCUUGUUCCCCACGAUGACUAAGCGCCGACAGCUUCACGGAAAGGCUUUGCCUUUACUCCCUCGGUAUCGGGGAUAUGAUGGUGCUCAAGCAGAACAGGACAAUUAA